AUGGCCGCAAUUACCACCGGCACGACUGCGCCAAAGGCCAUAUCCCUGGAUGAGCAGACUGGCAAGGUCGAGUCUGGCUACUCGUCGGUACAGCAUGGUAUUAGUGGCAUAAGACAUCGCAAACCUCUGAUUGAGGAUUAUGUCUUUUACGCCGAGCAGCAACGAGCGCAUGAGAAAGUGGUCGACGACAAACAGUGUGGCGACCACAAUCCUGCCUUCUGA